AUGGUAAGAGGGUUUUUAUCAAUUAUUUUUUAUAGCCUUAAUUCGUAACAAAUUUCAAGCUGCAGAAGAAGUGCGCUCAAACAUUUUCAGGCUGCGAAGUCAAACUGAAAAACUUGAGUCAAUGUUUAUCAAAGCGCACCGUUCUUAAUAAAUUCACUCAAUCAAAAUAUCACAAAAACAAAGUUAACAUGCAGUUUAAAACCACCUGAUUUUAUGUUUUCUUAAAAACAGUUGCUUUUGCUUUUGUCUUUAUGCUGCCUACUUUGUAAUGUAACAGUGCUAAUUUAAAAACGGCGGGUAAUUAUAGUUGUUAUAAUUAAUGGUUAAGUGUGUAACUCGUUAAGUCAACACAGUUAAUCUGAAGAUUAGAAGAAAUAAAAGUGAUAGAUGGAAUUCACAGCCAGAUUAACAAAAAUUAACUCAAAGUUCAGUGAAAGAAAAUCUACAAAAUCUGACACUCAAAUUGUUGUCUAUAACCUUUUUUUUUCUUUCUUUCUCCAGACUUCAUACAGAAACCAAACAAACUAUCCAUCCUCAUCUGAUGACAGGAGCGACACUCAGGCUUCCUCCCAGUCUUCAGAUGAAUACACUCAAGAUUUCCUGGGUGCCCUCUCCUCCCACUACAUGAUUCACUCGUAUUUGGGGGAGGGCUAUUUUGGGAAAGUAGCCAAAUGUUCAAAGACAGCCACUAAAGAGAUCGUGGCAGUCAAGGUCAUAAAGGACGAAGAAUUCACAGCUGAGGCAGAGAACGAGGUACAGAAACACACACUUGUCUAUUGAAUUUCCCUUUGGGGAUUGAUAAAGUUAUUCUUAUUCUUACAUUCAUUUAUUUGAUUACACUUUAACCCGCUACGUUCAAUAUUUUAUGAUCUAACAUCUCACACCUUUCCCCUUUAGAUGGCAAUUCUACAACUGCUGAAACCUUUUGACGCGGACCGGUACAACUUCGUCAAAUCCCACGACUACUUUAUGCUCUCAGGAUGCUAUUGUCUAGAAUUUGAAAUGUUAGACAUAAAUUUAUGGGAGUACGUAAAUAAGACACCGACUUUGUCUCUCAGGCUCAACCAAAUCAGACCCAUCCUGUACCAGGUAUGUGCUUCUUUUGUUUUCAUUUGAUGAUCUGAUUAACAGAUUUGACAAGGCAAAUUUUGUAUUUAAUGUAUAAGAUUAGAAUAGAUUAGUUUAGAUGAGAUUAGAUAUGAUUAGAUUAGAUACAACUUUAUUUAUUUUUUUCCCUCAAGGAAAUGAAAUGAAAUUAUGGGUAAUUUUGAGAAAAAUCUGUUUUCAUGUCUGUUUUGUCACUUCAGGUGGGAAUCACUUUGGAAUUUUUGAAGAGCCAAGGGUUAGCACAUACAGAUUUAAAACUGGAUAACAUCAUGUUAGUGGACCACGUGAACCAGCCAUUAAAGAUAAAGGUUAUUGACUUCGGAUUAGCACGCCAUGUUGCCCAUACAUCACGUGGUGAUACUAUGCAGGCAACAAUUUACAGGUGAGCAAAUGGAAACAUGGCAUAAAAGCAAUCAAUAGUGAUUCGAUGUGUUUUUACUGAUAAAGGAUCCAAACAAACAGUCAUACUAAAAAUGUUAUUACUUCUCUUUUAGAGCUCCAGAGGUCAUCGUGGGAUCUUCAGUCAACACAUCCAUUGACAUGUGGUCUUUGGGCUGCAUCGCAGCAGAGCUGUUCCUGGGCGACGCCCUUUACGGAGGAGACUCCGAGUACAACAUGGUAAAUAUGUUCAUCAGCCGAGUUUAUCCAAGCGAGCUAUCUCUUUAAAAUCACAUCAGGCAAUGUAAAAAAAAAGGUGAAAAAAAGAUGAACUAACUCUUUAAAUUGUUUUGUCCCAACAGUUACAACUGAUGCAGCACACUCAGGGUCGCCUCCCACAGCAAGUUCUCAAAAAUGGAAUCAGAACAAAAUAUUUUUUCAAGAAGAGGAGAGGGAAAGGCAAACGAUGGAGAUUAAUGGUACGAACACUGAGAAAUUGGUCUUUUUUUCUAAAAAUUCACUCAUUCACUCUUUUUGCUCACUAUAUUUGGGAAAAAUCAAUCUAACCAAAUGUUAUUUUUCUUCAGUCCCCCAGUGAAUACAAACCAGCAGUCGUUCCUGAGAUGCGGUUCAAUUCCCUGGAUGACAUAAAGAAAGUUAGAUCCAUUUGUCACUUGUCAGAUGAGGAUACCAGAGCAGAGGAGGAGGACCUGGACAACUUCGUGGAACUACUGAAGCAGAUGCUUCAUCUGAACAUCAACAAACGGAUCUUACCCAGCCAUCUUCUGCAGGAUCCAUUCCUCACCAUGGUCGACCUAGCAGACAACUUCCCCAACAGCUUCUAGUAAGUCCAUAAAACCAAACCAUCUGAUAUUCCUCAUUUGCCCUGAGAGUUAAUUGUCUGUCUUAAUCAACGAAAAAGAUGCUAAUCUAUUGAUUGUUCAUUUCUUCCAGUGUGAAAUCAGGUUUUGAAAAUAUGGAAGUCUGCAAAGACCAGAAGGUUCAGUCAGCCCAGCAGCCCUCCACCAGCACGGCCAGUCCAAAGAAAGACACAUACGACCAAGUUACCCCAGCCUGGCAUAGACACCAAGAGCAUCCCACCAUACUGGAGGUUCCACCUGCCACAGGUCGAUUAAUACAAGAACAAAAACGGAAGAGAGACGAUUUUGAGGACAAUCAGACAGGUUACAUGUAGGUGUAAUAUAUCUAAAUUUCUUCUGCUUUAACCUCUGUAACUGUAAAACAUGAUAUUUGUAGCUAAAUUCAAGAAACUAAAACGAGAUUUGUUCUUUGCAGAAGCCCAGAAAACAAGAGGAAAAGGAUCAGGAUCGACCAUCAAACCCAGGCAGAAAGAGGUAAGCUAAUCUUUGGCAAUAUCCCAAGGACUUUUAUUUUUUUUUUUAUAAAUGUAUGCGAAAAGUCAGACUUUAAAAUAAAUCUGCCUGUAUGAGACAUUUCCCCAUCAGUCUUAUCAAAAACCUCUCACUGGAGCUUUAAUUCUGUAAUCAUAAAACUAUUGUUUCUCUUUAUUUAGAGAAACAAUUCACAUUUUGCUAGCUGAAGACCCUCUAAUUUAAAAUGCACUGUAACAUCAUAUUUUUAAUUUUCACUUCUUUUCAGAUUUACCAAACAACACCAAAGAGGUUCCAGUUGAGGUGACAUCAAACGCUAAUGAAGCAAAGCCUACAAGAAAGAGGACGCGGGCCACUGUUUCAGCUGCAGAAGAUGGACCAAAGUGAGUGCUACAAAACCUUUCAGUGCUGGAUAUAAACUAUGAAAUUAUCAUAUUAUUGUUAUUAUUUUUAUUAUUAUUAGAGGAAAUGAAGUUCAGGAGAUUAACCCACAUUUGAUUUAUUCAGGGAGCCAGCCUUGAAUUUACCAAAGGCUAAAAGGAUGAAGGUGACACCGAUCCAUGACCAGACUGACAACCUGGACAAUAAGCGUGAGAACAAACCCACGAGAAAACGGACGCGGGCCGCUGUUUCAGCUGCAGACGAUGGACCAAAGUGAGUGCUGGAUAUAAACUAUGAAAUUAUCGUAUUAUUGUUGUUAUUAUUAUUAUUAGAGGAAAUGAAGUUCAGGAGAUUAACCCACAUUUGAUUUAUUCAGGGGGCCAGCCUUGAGUUCACCAAAGGCUAAAAGGAUGAAGGUGACACUGAUCCAUGACCAGACUGACAACCUGGCCAAUAAGACUGAGAACAAACCCACAAGAAAACGGACGCGGGCCACUGUUACAGCUGCAGACGAUGGACCAAAGUGAGUGCUUUAAAACCUUUCAGUGCUGAUAUUAACUAUAAAAUUAUCAUAUUAUUGUUAUUAUUAUUAUUGUUAGAGGAAAUGAAGUUCAGGAGAUUAACCCACAUUUGAUUUAUUCAGGGAGCCAGCCUUGAAGUUACCAAAGGCUAAAAGGAUGAAGGUGACACCGAUCCAUGACCAGACUGACAACCUGGACAAUAAGCGUGAGAACAAACCCACGAGAAAACGGACGCGGGCCGCUGUUUCAGCUGCAGACGAUGGACCAAAGUGAGUGCUGGAUAUAAACUAUGAAAUUAUCGUAUUAUUGUUGUUAUUAUUAUUAUUAGAGGAAAUGAAGUUCAGGAGAUUAACCCACAUUUGAUUUAUUCAGGGGGCCAGCCUUGAGUUCACCAAAGGCUAAAAGGAUGAAGGUGACACUGAUCCAUGACCAGACUGACAACCUGGCCAAUAAGACUGAGAACAAACCCACAAGAAAACGGACGCGGGCCACUGUUACAGCUGCAGACGAUGGACCAAAGUGAGUGCUUUAAAACCUUUCAGUGCUGAUAUUAACUAUAAAAUUAUCAUAUUGUUGUUAUUAUUAUUAUUAGAGGAAAUGAAGUUCAGGACAUUAACCCACAUUUGAUUUAUUCAGGGAGCCAGCUGUUAUGACUGUGGUCAUAAUUUGUGGACUGUCUGCUGUGUGUGUGUGUGCCCUGUGUUUUCUUGUGUCAAUCUUAUAUGCAAAUAGGUGUGUGCCACAGCAACGCGGUCAUUGGUGGGUUGGUCUACGUCCUGGAUGGUGAUUGGCUGAGACCAACUAUAUGAGGAACCAAGAUGGCAGCCACCAUGUGCAGGGCAGAGGCCAGGCAUUCCUCAUCCUCCUCCUCUCCCAACAGGCCACCCUAUUUGCAGCUUUAGAACAUGGUGUAUUGUGUUGUGUUUUUCUUCAGUAGUAGGGGUGGACUGCCAGUUUUGUUAACCUUAUUUUCUCCUGUGUAUUUUAGUUAGGGAGGUAAGUCUUUGUCAUUUGUUUCCUUUGUUUUGGUUAGGUAAGGACUUACUCCACAGACAGGAUUAUUUUUGGUUGUUGUUUUGGCCUUGGUCCACCCUGAAGCCUAGUCAUUCAGCCUUAGUUCUUUUGUCUAUCUUUUGUUAUUUACUGAUUUAUGUAAAUAAAUCUGUGUUUUUAAAUUGAACUGAAUCUCGGUUGUUGUGGCUACUUGGGACUUGGGGAAGAUGAGGCCUUCUCAUGUUGUGCCCUAGGCACCCCUAGACUGGGGCGUAACACAGCCUUGAAGUUACCAAAGGCUAAAAGGAUGAAGGUGACACUGAUCCAUGACCAGACUGACAACCUGGCCAAUAAGCGUGAGAACAAACCCACGAGAAAACGGACGAGGGCCACUGUUUCAGCUGCAGACGAUGGACCAAAGUGAGUGCUUUAAAACCUUUCAGUGCUGAUAUUAACUAUAAAAUUAUCAUAUUAUUGUAAUUUUUAUUAUCAUUGUCAGAGGAAAUGAAGUUCAGAAGAUUAACUAACAUUUGAUUUUUUUUGGAACCCAGACUUGAGUUCACCAGAGGCUAAGAGGAUGAUGCCGAUUCCCGACCUGAAAGCCUACCUGACUAGUGAGACUGAAAAGAGACCUAAGAGAAAGAGCACAUGGGACACUUUUCAAGCUUCACAUACUGGCCCAGGGUAAGUAUCAUGUUGUUUUUUCUUUUAUUAUUGUGAUUUAAUUUGAAGUUCAAUAAAUUAACUCAAGAUUUUGUUCUUGCAGAAGGCCACAGACCAAUUCUCCACCGAGGAAGAGGAGGAAAGUGACUGAGGAUGAAAAUGGCUAA